AUAAUCUCCGAGGCUAACAGCAGCCACUCCUCCCAGAUCUUGUGCAGAUAAUGGAAUGGGUGGGAGCCUACGGUUUAUACAAGCCAUCGUCGCCGACCCACCGCACAGUCUCAAGUAAAGCCUGCCUCUCCUAUUAGCUAUCAACGAUGGCUCCCACUGUCAUGUCGUCGGCAGCCACCGCCGUAGCACCCUUCCAGGGACUCAAGUCCACAGCUGGUCUCCCAGUCAGCCGCCUCUCCGGCAACGCGGCUGGCCUCGGCAGCGUCAGCAACGGCGGAAGAAUCCGGUGCAUGCAGGUCUGGCCGAUUGAAGGCAUCAAGAAGUUCGAGACUUUGUCUUACUUGCCACCGCUCUCCACGGAGGCACUCCUGAAGCAGGUCGACUACCUGAUCCGCUCCAAGUGGGUGCCUUGUCUCGAGUUCAGCAAGGUUGGAUUCAUCUUCCGUGAGCACAAUGCCUCUCCAGGGUAUUACGAUGGCCGAUACUGGACAAUGUGGAAGCUACCUAUGUUUGGGUGCACCGACGCCACACAGGUGUUAAACGAAGUGGAGGAGGUCAAGAAGGAGUACCCUGACGCCUAUGUCCGCAUCAUCGGAUUCGACAACAUGCGUCAGGUGCAGUGCGUCAGCUUCAUCGCCUUCAAGCCACCAGGCUGCGAGGAGUCUGGCAAGGCCUAAACAAGCUAACUCCCUUUUAUCAUACAACAUGGUUUCGUGCCAGGUUCAUUUUAUUUCCCUUUUUACUUUUGUUCUGCUUGUGUAUGUGUUCUCUCCCUGCAACUCGAGUUAACAUUGUAUGAGUACUACAAUCAUAAGAGUACUACAACUACGUUUGGGUGAGGUGCAUGUAAACUACGGCUAUGCAUAAAGAGAAAUAUACAUGAUAAGAAUUCCAGUGA